AUGAGUCUGCCUCUCAGUCCAAAGCCCUUCCUAAACAGGCUGACUGGGAAGGCAGUGAGGGUGAAGCUGAAGUGUGUGUGGGGGGGGGUGGAAUACAAAGGCUACCUCGUCUCCGUUGAUGGCUACAUGAACAUGCAGCUUGCAAAUACAGAAGAAUAUAUUGAUGGUGCAUUAUCUGGACACCUUGGUGAAGUUCUGAUAAGGUGCAAUAAUGUCCUAUAUAUAAGGGGUGUGGAAGAAGAAGAAGAUGGAGAAAUGAGAGAAUAACUAUUGGGGGGGGGAGUUGUUUUU